GCCUCGUUUGCCUCAGCCUCAUGUCCGCUUUUCCUUUCCUGCCUUUCCUCCCCACCCUACCACCAUCACCCAACCUCUGCCUCAUUCGUCGCCGUGAAAGGCUACGUGCCUCUCUUCUUUUCGCAGUCCAGCUAGAGUGACAGCUCCUCUCCACUACUUCGGCUAGAAUUUGCACGCCUCAGCCCUUCUUCAUUCACCGCACCGACGUCGGCAUCCUCCCCACCUGCACGACGGUCGACCAGAGGGAGUUGGCCCCACACAACGACGACGGCCACCACCAGACUUGCCCGCCGUCGAAUAGACACCAAUUCAUCAUCAUCGCCGUCGCAGCACCAACAACAAUCAGCAUAUACUCAAGUGCUGGGCCUCGCACAGGCCACCAAAGCACCCGUGCGUGCAGAACGUCACUUCUUCGCGUUAUAGCAUCCGCGCGCCGACGCCGCCGUCGCCAAGAUGGUGAUGCUCAAGCGCCAGCCCGUUGAGAUGGUUCCACCGCCGAAUCCAUCAGAAUUCAAGGGCGAUGAUCCCGACGUCUUCUACAUGGCGGCCACAGGAGAGAUCUUCCUAGACUACGAAUCAUACGCACAGCGGCUGACAUUCUACAAUCAGCCCAUAUUUCAGGACGAGCUUACUGGCAAGGUCAAUCUCACAUUUUUUCAGGCGGUGCAGUCCGAGCGAGAGGAGACGGUCAAGCUCCAUCGCAGAUUCCCCGAGGCUCUGAAGCAGCCGGUACUCAGAGCCGUUCAGUUUGUCAUCACUGGACGGCUAGACAAUCUCAUUGACCUUGUCUUCGAGCGCUUCAAGGAUCGCUACUUCAUCGGGGAGGCCAUCUUUGUUGAUCUCCAAGGCGACAAGUACUACGCUCGGGUCAAGGACGUCUUUGCACCUCGCUCCCUUGUGAAAUGGCAUACGCAGCAAGCAGAGAAGCAGGCAUCUACGAGCACGGCGGACAUCAAGCCGCCGACUCCCGCUGAGGUCGUCCACCAGAUCGGCUGCGAUCUCGACCGCAACGUCGAGGACAGCGUCAAGAUCGACGAUCCGGAAGAUUACAUCUACUCGAUCCAGCUUGUCGAUGAGAGCGGUCAAUUCACUGGCAGUCUCAUGGAGGUACGCAACAAGCAGCUCAGUCGCGAUCGUCUCACCUUCUCCAAGGCCAUCCUCAAGAAGUAUCUCCGCGAAUGCGUUGUGCGCGACUCUGCAGUGGGCAGCCCGUGGGUCGUCCGUCACACGCUCGCACAUCGAUAUGGCAUCCCUAUCGCUCCUGAUCAGGCUACGAUUGAGAAGAACAACGUCAUCAAGGAGAUGAAGCUCUCGAAGCGGAAGCGCAACCAAGAAGAGGAGACGCCCGCCACUCCAGACGUCUCGAUCAGCGAGCCACCGGCUGCAGCAACCGCUGCCAAGAAGCAGAAGAAGACGAAAGCAGAGAAGGAGGCGGAGAAAGCAGAGCACUCGACUUCAGCCAUCAAGACUGAGGUGGUAGAAGAAGAGAAGAUCAAGAAGAAGCCUAUCAAAUUCCCUAUUGAGGAUCUUGAGGUCGAUCCGGUCAGCGAGCGCGAGCUCAAGGCCAAGAUUGCAGGCGAGCCGCCCAGACGUCGCGAUCGACCUGUGCCUAAGAAGGAUCUCGGCAUCCCUCACGACGUCUUCGAGCCUUUGCUCAUCACGUAUCACUUCUUGCAAGCAUUUGGCAGGCCGCUCAUGCUAGCUCCUUUCACACUCGACGACUAUCAGAGCGCUCUGCAGCACGACACCGCCGAACCUUCGUGCACUCUCAUCGCUGAAAUCCACGCCUGCCUCAUUAACCUCAUUGUCCGCGAUGGCACGCACUCCAAGGGCUUGGCCCCAGCGGCACUCGCAGACAAGGCGGGAGCACGCGGGGUGAGCUCCAACGGACGAGCAGGAUCCGACGGAGCCGAGGAGGAAGAGGAGGAGGAGGAGGAGGAAGUAGAGGCAGAGGAAGAGGAAGAGUCAGGCGACGAGCUUGACUCGCGUGAGGCAACACCCACAGCAGGCAACGAUGCCGAAGCGGGUGAGGACGGCGAAGAGAAGGAUGAAGCGGAGGAUGCAGAGGACGCUGUUGAGCGGGAGGCGAGUCACGAGGUCCUCUCCGCAGCCGUCAACCUUGGUCGAGGCUGGGAGAAUCGCGUCCUCAAGCUGGAUGACGACAGGCGGCAAUGGGAGCAGUCGCUCGUGGGCAUUCUCGCCAAGCGGGCCACGGCCGAAUCGAUGCCGCGCCAGAUGGCCAUCCUCUCCCACAUGACAGGCAAGGAGCAUCCUGACGGUCUCAUCGACGGGGCCUUCAUCGGCGCCACCUACUCGACGCCCAAAGAGCGCUACCCUGCAAUUGCCUUUGCGGACAAGGUCGCCGCGAUCCACUUCCUCUGCGACUUGGCAGUCAUGACGCGCGCGAUCAAGUCCUUCUUUGACGAGUGCGAAGUUGCUCUUACCGAACUGCGCAAGGAGAGAGUUGAGCUCAGCAGGCAGAGAAAGAGGAUCAUCGAGGAGCGAGCAGCUGCAGAAAAGAAGGAGGAGGAAGCCAAUGGCGAAGGCGAAGGGGAAGGCGAAGAAUCGAAAGCUGAAGGAGAUGCGGACGAGACUGGGGAAGUGGCAGAGGAGAACGGCAAUGGCAAUGGUGCUGCGAGCGAAGAGCCGGAGUCGUCAGCACGUCGCAAGAAGGCUCAAGGCAGGCCAAAGGGUAGCAAGGCAAAGAAAAUGCCCACUCCUCAACCGGAUGAGGAGGACGCUGGGGACGGCGACGAGUCAGAGCAAGAUGAGCUGGAAUCGUCCCCCGAGCCAGACGCCGACUCCAAUGCUUCAGCAGCCGCAGAAGAAGAGGAUGAGGAGGACGCCAGCCCCUCGAAAUCAGGUGCACGCACCCUCGGAUCACGCCAAGCGGCCAUUCUAGAAAAGAAGCGGCAACGUAAAGAAGCCGAAGCUGAGCGACAGCGGGAGCUUGCUCGACAACGUCAAGAGCAAAAGGCCAAGACUCUCGAGAACAAGCGCGCUCAAGCUGAGCGACUUCGUUGGGAGGAAGAGGAGGACCGAAUCACGCGCCGCGAGGAAGCAAUUGACCUGGAGUUCCGCCGCCAUCACUUGGCUCCACGUCUUCGUCCGCUAGGCAAGGAUCGAUUCCACGACCGUUAUUGGUGGUUCGAUGGGGUUGGCAACCAAAAUCUUGUGGGCUUGGAUGAUCAGGUCUUGUAUGGUGCCGGUCGACUAUUCGUGCAGGGCGCAAGCAGAGAAGACUGGGCGGCCGCCUGUGUCGAUCGAUCGCACAAGGCUAUGCUCAAACGUCGCCAGGAGGAACACGGCGAAUGCAUCCUCGAACACGACGAGUGGGCCGUCUACGAUGACCCGGAGCAAGUCGAGCAACUUAUUGCAUGGCUGCGCAACAAAGGCAAUCGCGAGAAUGCCUUCAAACGUCAGCUGGCCACCUUCAGGGGAUACUUGGGCCCGGGCAUGCAGAAAAGGCUCGAGGACUUGGACCCAGAACGCAGCGCUGCGGCACAGGCUCAGGCUCUGGCAGAGGCGGAAGCGGCCAUGCCUCACGAGACGAGGAGGUCGGCCAGGAAGCAUGAGGCUCAGCCAACUGUACUGGCGCCGCAUAAUCGGUACCUGGCGUGGACAAACAGCCAGGCGACCAAGUAAAGCGGGUGCGGCGUCGUGACAUGACUCGCAUCAACGUAUCAUCGCAUCAUCGUACAUCCACCCCAACCCCACCUGCCCAACAAUCAUCGACUGGCAUCCCACUCACAUUCACUGGCAAGCACGCACGCUCCUCACGUCCCCUCAUCUCGGCAUUGUCUAUGCAUACACCAACACGCGCGCGUACAUCGUCCUCGUCUUUCGUCCUUGCCACAUCACACACUCUGUAGCACUCUAUCCGCAAUUGAUUAUGAGGGAUUCAUCGUGAAUGCUCGCCGAG